AUGCGAAAAAUGAGAGAAAAUAUAAAAAGACAAGUUCUUAACUCUGAGCGACCUAUUGAUGAGCUCCAACGUACUAUGAAGGAUCACAAUGAAGCUUCAAACAAGAAAGGAAAUCGUAAAGAAUUUUCAUCUCUGGCGGAAGCUUCACAAGAAGAUGCCCUAGAAAUCGAAAUGGUAGUUGAAGCUUCGGAAGGUGAGGAAAACCUAGUUAUGAAUGAACCAACCGAAAAUGAUGAAGGUACCACAACUUCUGUAAUCCGGGUUCCUUUUCCGACCGAGACAAGAAAGAAGAAAAAGAAGAAGAGGUCUUUCACUCCGGUUGUUGGCUCAACUCGAGAAAGAAUACGCAGUGGCGGUGGAAGAAGGAAGAAGAGUGCAAGAAAUGUAGGUGCUCUUCAUCCUAGAAAGACUCGUAAAUCCUCGGCCGAUGUUGUCACCGUUGGCGUUGAUAGUAGCAAUGACGAUGAAUACGUCCCUAGCACCAGAUAUCGGAAAAGGACUCGCAGUUCGAGGAUCAAAGAGCCGGAUUAUACUCAUCCCCGUGGAGAACUCGAAAGAAACCCUUUGGUUGAGCCUGUGUAUGACCUAGCGUAUCGAGGUUCGAGAAAUCGCAAAAGGGUAGGGCACACAAAGAAGAAAGAGGAUAAAAAAGUAGCUGAGGAAACUCUUGUCAACAACAACGUUAAUGAAUCCUCCGAGGAAGAAAAAAGAAUGUUGGUUGAGGAUCUUAACAUUCCUAGCCAUUUGGUGGUUGACUCCGAAGAAGUGCUUAGAGAAGAUCCCCCAAUUUGGUUCCGGUUGGUUGCUUCAAAUCCCAAGGAUGUUACCAUGCCAGCUUCCUGCAUCAAAAAGUACUUGGUACGCAAACUAGGCCUUCGGAAUGAAGAUGAGUUGGAGAUUAAGAUGCGAGGUGCACCAGUUCAUCCGAAGACGGAACUCCAUGAACUAGUGCGCUUGUGGAUGCAAACGGCUACCGGAUCCGACAAGGAAAGGAGUUGUGCUGUAGGAAGCCCCGGCGAGGAUUUUGUUAUGGUUUUUGCUUAUAGUCGGUGCCCUGGUUCUUCCAAAUACAAGUAGUAUUAAGUUCCUAUUUCUUCUUUCUUUUCUUCCUUUUGUUAAUAACUUAUUCUAAAUUUUGUAUUACUUUGUUAAGCAUAUAUCGUCUCAUCUCUUAGGAGCAUGCCGAUGCAUAUGUUGCAAAUGAGGAUGCUGUC